AUGGAUGCUCAUGAGAAUAUUGGUGGCAGAGACAAGAAUCCAAAUGAGACGAGAGAAUUUCAUAACUUCAUCAGUCAUAUGGGAAUGCUAGAAGUCACUAUGGUGGGUCACCAAUUCACUUGGUCCAACAAUAGAACUCAUGACAGCUUCAUUGAAGAAAAGUUGGAUAGGGUGUUUAGCUCUUGUCACUGGACUGCCAAAAAUUCCAAUGCCAAAGUGAUGAAUUUCUUCAAAACCUCAUCAGAUCACAGCCUAUUGGUGCUAAACAAAGAUGUCAGUUGUACUCAUUUUAAAAAAUCCCGAUUCCAGUUUGAUAAGAGGUGGCUUACUAGAGAAGGUGUCCAAUCUAUGCUGGAAGAGAUGAGACUGCAAAGUGGUGGAAAGAACUGGGAGAAUUGGGAAAAGCUUAGAAAAAAACUCAAUGAAGCUCAAUAUUCAGAAGAAAUGAAAACUAAUGUCAUCACUAGACUUGUAGCUGUAGGGGGCAGAGUUUGUGUCUCUAAGGAGGAUAUUGAAGCUGAAGUCAUUACGUUUUACAACUAUCUAUUUUCAUCUGAAGGGUCCUCUAAUGAUAGUGACAUUCUUCAACUAAUUCAUAAUGUCAUCUCACACUCAAUCACUCAAAACCUUAUUGCAAAAGUGGAGGAGGAUGAAGUCCAAUCUGCAUUGUUCUCUAUGAAUCCUGAAAAAGCUCCAGGAGUCACAGGUUUGUCUCCUCUAUUCUUUCAACACUUUUGGCCUAUCAUCAAGUAUGAUCUUUGCCAUGCUGUGAGCAGCUUCUUUGAAUCGAAAAUUCUUUUUCAUAGCUGGAACCGCAGUAUAAUCAUCCUGAUUCCCAAGUGUCUCAAUCCUGUUGCUUUGGCUGAUUUUCGUCCCAUCAGUUUAUGUGAAGUGGCUUACAAGAUCAUUGCAAAAAUUCUUGCUACUAAAAUGAAAUCAGUUCUUCAUUUAUGUGUUAGUGAGAGUCAAGCUGCCUAUAUCCUUGGUAGGCAGCUCUUGGAUAAUGUCAUUAUGGCACAUGAAGUGAUUCAUUUCCUCAAUCGACACAGAACUGGUAGGCAGAGUUUUUUAGCUGUAAAGCUGGACAGAGAAGUUUCAUGUGGCAAUAUCAGAGGUGUGACGCUUGCUAGGGGUGGUAUGAGGCAGUCACAUUUAUUAUUUACAGAUGAUUCUCUUCUAUUUUGUGGUGCUAAUGCUUAUUCAAUAUCUUCUGUUUUGAGAAUCCUGAACAGCAACCACAGACUGACUGGUCAGAAAGUAAAUCUCUUGAAAUCGUCUAUCUUCUUCAGCAAAAAUGUGCCUACUGAUACUCAGACUGAGAUUUGUAAUCUUCUCCAAGGGAAAUUGCCAAAAUCUAUGCUAAAUUCUGGUGGGGAAAUGGCAGUGAACACUCAGCUGAUGUGGAGAAUUGCUUCUGUGCCCAAUCUUUUGGUUAGUAAGUUCUUGAAGUGUAAAUAUUUCUCAACUGGUUGCAUUUUCAAAGCUGGAGUCACCAAAAGUGCUUCUUGGCUGUGGACCACCUGGAAGAAGGUUAAAGACAGAUAUAAGCACUGCUUUAAGAUUCAAAUUGGGGAUGGGCUGACUACUCACAUUUGGCAAGAUCCUUGGAUUUGCAAUUCAAGUUCAGGAUGUCCUCAAAGAGAUGUAUCUACCAAUACUGAUAUUCAAUGGGUUUGGGAACUUUUGGAAGCAUGUGGCAGAAGAUGGAAUUCAGCUCUAGUGAAGCAGAUGUUUAAUGAGACAGACAGUGCAAACAUCCUGAAGCUCUACCUGUGA